AUGUUUCGUAAUCCUAUCAAAGGUGUCCAGCUGGAUAAUCUGCGGAAUCCCGGUGGUUUGAUGCGAUUGCCGGCAGUCACCGCUACCGAGGACUGCUCACGACCUGGCCCAUCACUGAGCAUAAUGGAGAACCGGACCGAUGGCUAUUACUAUGGCGCCCACUUCGCACCUCUCAGAUCUGGUGCUGCGUCGAGUGUGGAGAUGUUGGGAGAAGGCCUGACGGGCGACGACCUCGCCAUGAUCCCGGAGCACUGGCUGGUAUACCCAACGCCGCCAGCGAGCGCGCACACUGCGUUAGCUUUGCUUUACGUGUUCUUAACCGCCGCCGCCUUAGUGGGAAACGGACUAGUCAUCUUUAUAUUUUCCACAACUAAAUCUUUAAGAACGUCUAGUAAUCUCCUAAUCUUACAAUUAGCAAUAUUGGACUUUGUCAUGAUGGCCAAAGCACCCAUAUUCAUUUACAAUAGUGCAAUGAAAGGGUUCGCAACAGGGACACUCGGCUGCAAAAUAUUUGCUCUCAUGGGAGCAUACAGUGGAAUUGGAGCGGGCAUGACGAAUGCUUGCAUUGCAUAUGAUAGACAUUCAACAAUCACAAGGCCGUUAGAUGGACGUCUUUCUCGAGGCAAAGCUUUGCUAAUGAUGUCUUUCGUUUGGAUCUACGCCACACCGUGGGCUCUGCUGCCCCUCUUUGAAACUUGGGGAAGAUAUGUACCUGAGGGAUAUUUAACAUCGUGCACGUUUGAUUAUCUGACCAAUACAUUCGACACUAAGCUCUUCGUAGGCUGUAUAUUUUUUUGCAGCUACGUUAUACCAAUGUCGUUCAUUAUUUAUUUCUACAGUGGUAUUGUUAAGCAAGUUUUCGCACAUGAAGCUGCAUUAAGGGAACAAGCUAAGAAGAUGAACGUGGAAUCACUAAGAUCGAACCAAACUGCUGGGCAACAGUCAGCAGAAAUUAGAAUAGCAAAGGCCGCUUUAACUGUUUGCUUCUUAUUCGUAGCCUCAUGGACACCCUACGGUAUUAUGUCCCUAAUAGGGGCUUUCGGAAAUCAGGAACUGCUUACACCUGGGGUUACUAUGAUUCCUGCUAUAACAUGCAAAGCAGUUGCCUGUAUAGACCCAUGGGUUUACGCCAUCAGUCAUCCCAAAUACAGGCAGGAGCUACAGCGGCGUAUGCCAUGGCUGCAGAUCGACGAGCCCGAUGAUACUGCAUCAACCACCACCACCAACACAGUCAACGCCCCGCCUGCAGCAUCUGCCUAA